ACAGUUCCAACUCACGCAUAACCCAUUUCAUACAGUCCAGCACAGGCGGCUGGGACACUCUACAGAAUGAGUGACGAAGGCCAGACAAUCGCUUCAACCCAAAGUAUCGUGCUGGAUUUGCCGCCGAGCUGUGUCGAGUUUUCCCAAACGCACCCCUCCUACUUCGUUGUCGGAACCUAUAACUUGCAGAAGGACGACAAGGUGGAAACAAAGCCCGAUGCCUCCGGAGACGACGAGAGUUCUUUCGAGCACGGAGAGGUGACCGCGGCAAAGAAGACGCAGAAUCGCAAUGGCACCCUCGUCGUGUUCAAGCUCGUGGAUGCAACGAUGCAUCAUGUCCAGGUAGUCUCACAGCCAUCUGCGAUCCUAGACCUUCACUUCUGCCCCAUCGUUGGCAAGCAAGACAUUCUAGCAGUGGCAUCCAGCACAGGCACGCUCGCUAUUAUGCGACUGGACCCAACAUCUGACGAGUCCUCGCCGCUGAAGCACAUCGCGACGAGCACAUUCCCUGAUACCCCUGACGGUGUCCUUUUCCUGUCUCUCGCCUGGCACCCGUCAGACCCCAAGGUCCUUGCUGUCACGACCUCAUCGAAUGACGUCUGUCUUGUGCGUCUUGACGAUGACUGGAAAAUAAUUCAGGAUGACCCGUACCCUGUCCUUACCCACUCACUCGAAGCCUGGACUGUCGCGUUCACCCCGCCUACAGCUUCCAACGAGGAUGGACGAACAGAGGACGACCUCACGGUGUACUCGGGAGGUGAUGAUUCCGCCCUUCGAUACGUCGCCUUGGGCGCCACGGGACUAAGCGAAGAGAGCCGAUUCGGCCUCCUAUUCCCGCCCCUCAAGCUGGAUGCGCACGAUGCAGGUGUGACGGCCAUCCUGCCGACGUCUUGCCAUCUUCACGAUGGGUCCAGGAUCGUGCUCACGGGAAGCUACGACGACACGUUCCGCAUUCUCGCGGUUCACUCGCCUCGCAAGACCUACGGAGCUCGCAAGUACAGCCGCGUUGCCGAAGAAUAUCUGGGAGGCGGUGUGUGGAGGCUGAAGCUGAUGCAAGCGCGCCAGGAGGAAGACGAAUGGCACGCUACGGUCCUGGCUUCAUGUAUGCAUGCAGGAGCGAGGGUGCUGGAGGUAAGAGGCUCUCUGGAUGGUCAGAAUUGGGAUAUCAAGGUGCUUUGUCGGUUUGAGGAGCACAAGAGCAUGAACUACGGCAGUGAUUUCGUGCCAGGGACUGGUGUCAGCUCACAGCCACUGGUCUGCGUGUCUACAAGCUUCUACGAUAAAUUGCUGUGUUUGUGGAGAUUUGAGACAAGCUGA